CUUCAUACAUGCCUCAUGCACCCUUUGAUGGCCGCAGAGGUCUGCUCACCAGUGCCUCUUUGAUCCACACCACUUCUUCUCAUUCUUCUUCUUUUGCAACUCUUCUCUCGAUUGUGGCCUGCCAAGCCUGUUUCUGACUCCCGACACCGCCAGGGGCUGCACAGCACCGCUCCCACACCUUCCCGCGCCGGCGCCCACUUACCUCCCGUCCCGACGGCUGGCCAUUGCAAGCUUUCUGGACUGGCGCUACGAGCUCAGAACAGCGUCAUCAUCGCCGCCGCACACCGCGCAUCCACGCACCACGCGCACCCAGAGGGAAGCCCAGCAGGCGGAGCAUGGAAAAGCCUGCCCUCGAAGCGUCCCCCGAGCCCACAUCUCCCGUGACCCCCAACAAGCCGCCGCGAUACUUCUAUCUCGUUUCUUCUCCCAGCCGCCAGUCUAGCCACUCGUCAACACGCUCCGCAGACUUCACCGCAAGCGUUGCCACCUCACAACUUGAUAGUAACGGGCGACGUGGCGCUCGAGAGUCGCCAAAGACAGACUCGUCUCGUACUUGGGUCAUAGAUCCUGACAGUAAUUACACCUCAAGACCGCCCACUUCACCUAUUCCCACUCGCAAUUCGAGCGCAGCAACACCGACAAGAACGCAGCAGGCUCCAAGGCGUGGGCAGUCUGUAUAUCGUCUCGACGGCACGAUGGGUGCCGUUGCUCCAAAUAUGAUGCCUUCCCCUCCGCAGUCUGUCAAGGAUGAUUCAGUCAAGGUCCAAACUGUCUCCUCGGAUCCUCGUCAACCCGACGCCCUCAACACGCAAGGAGGCAACAGCUCCCAUGAGGGAUCUUUCAUUCAUGUCCGAGAUUCAAAGUCGUCAGCCUCAAGCAAGCUGAACCUGGACGAUGAAGAAUUCCCAGCUCCAGGGCAACUUAACGGAUCAAAGAAGAAGGACGACAAGGCAGCAUUAAACGCAUCGGAAGACGAGAAGGACAGAAAUGACCAUAUCAACAGCCUCAGCAAUGCUUCAAAGAUCAGCUACGCUUCUGCACUCAGAAAAGACACCCAGAUGGAAGAGGACGACGACUCGUAUCCGGAACUAGAUGACAUGGGCGCGGAGAUGGUGCAUCAACCACCUAAGCCCAAGAAGAACGGAGGUAUUAGAUGGGUGCCAUUGAACGUGCCGUUCAAGCGCCGAGGACAGACUCUGGCCGUGCUGCUCCACAGCUUGUGCAUUGUCAUUACCGUAUCGUUCUUCUGCGCCUGCUGUGCUAAUCCCCUGGUCUGGCCACUGCUGCUUGUGUAUCUUCUACAUGUGCUCAACGACAAAUCAGCGACCGACGGGUCGCUGAAAUAUCGCAGCGAACGUUUCCGUCGCAGCUACCUCUGGCACCUCUUUGCCGGUUACUUUCCCGCCAGGCUGCACAAAACCCACGAUCUUCCUCCUACUCGCAAGUACAUCUUCGGCUACCACCCCCAUGGCAUCAUUUCGCACGGGGCGUGGGCUGCUUUCUCGACAGACGCCCUGGGUUUCAGUGAGAAAUUCCCCGGCAUCACCAACACCUUGCUCACACUUGAGUCCAACUUCCGCGUCCCGUUCUACCGCGACUACUUGCUCGCGAUGGGCAUGCGCUCUGUGUCGAGGGAAUCUAUUGUCAAUAUCCUUACGAAAGGCGGUAUGGACGGCGAGGGCAUGAGCCGCGGUGUGACAAUCGUGGUCGGCGGCGCGCGAGAGUCUCUCGAGGCCGUUCCCGGCAACCUCCGCCUCAUUCUGAAGGAGCGCAAGGGCUUUGUCAAGAUCGCCAUACGGACGGGCGCCGACCUGGUUCCCGUUCUGGCUUUCGGCGAGAACAGCCUCUACGAUCAGCUCGAGAAGGGCGAGCACCCCAUGCUGCACAGGCUGCAGAUGUUCAUCUUGAGGGUGUGGAAGUUCACAUUGCCCUUCAUGCAUGGACGCGGCAUUUUCAAUUACGACGUCGGCAUGAUGCCAUACCGCCACCCGCUGAAUGUCGUGGUUGGUGCGCCUAUCAAGGUUGUACAGUCUACGACUAUCGACCCUGCCGAAGUUGACAGGCUACACGAGCUGUACGUCAAGGAGUUGGAGAAACUGUGGGAACACUACAAGGACGAGUUUGCGCAGGACAGAAAGGAGGAGAUGCAGCUCUUGUCGUGAGCGCGUAAGGCUUGUUUCAGUUCCGGAUUGCAAGAAUAGAGAGAUGGCUGAUUGACAUGCCACGGAGUAAUAUGGAGUAGUGGAGUAUGGUGUAUUAUUAAUUAUUAAACCAGGCUUGAAUUCACGGAAGUAGCUACUUUUUGGUUUCUAUCAGUUGCUAGAGACGGGGACGAUGUAGUCCAGAAGUGAAGGAAGAGCCCUUUCGUUAGAG